CUAUAGUCGCUCGCUCAGAUCUCGUCUCUGUUCCAGUUUUACAUUCUCCUUCCCUUCAUUUUCUCGGUUAGGGUUUAUAGCCAUUCUCGCUUCGCUUCUCCGAGAUCCUUCCCCCACGCUGCUACUCCAAUGGCGGCACCAGCAGUCCCCCAACUCAGAUCCUCGAAAACGGAGUCGUAUGUCGACAACAAGCGGAAGGAAGAUGUCCGCCAGGCUAAUAUCACAGCGGCCAGAGCAGUUGCCGAUGCGGUGAGGACCAGCUUGGGCCCGAAAGGGAUGGACAAAAUGAUUUCCACGGCCAGCGGCGAGGUGAUAAUCACCAACGACGGAGCUACGAUUCUGAACCAGAUGGGGGUGCUCCAGCCUGCUGCGAAGAUGCUGGUCGAGCUUUCCAAGUCGCAGGACACCACCGCUGGCGAUGGCACCACCACCGUCGUCGUCAUUGCCGGUGCACUUCUCAAGCAGUGCCUGUUGCUACUGUCUAGUGGAAUCCAUCCCACGGUAAUCUCCGACUCUCUCCACAAAGCUUCUGUUAAGGCAGUGGAUGUGCUAACUGCUAUGGCAGUCCCUGUUGAGCUAUCAGAUCGGGAAUCGCUCAUCAAAUCUGCGAGCACUUCCUUGAACAGUAAAGUGGUGAGUCAGUACUCCACGCUUCUGGCUCCUUUAGCUGUAGAUGCUGUUUUGUCAGUAGUUGAUCCGGCCAAGCCUGAUUUGGUAGACCUUAGGGAUAUUAAGAUAGUGAAGAAGCUAGGUGGAACUGUGGAUGAUACCGAGAUGGUUAAAGGGUUGGUCUUUGAUAAGAAAGUGAGCCAUGCCUCUGGUGGACUCACCCGGAUGGAGAAUGCAAAAAUCGCUGUGAUUCAGUUCCAAAUAUCACCUCCAAAGACUGAUAUAGAACAAAGCAUUGUGGUGUCUGAUUACACACAGAUGGAUAGGAUUCUUAAGGAAGAGAGGAACUACAUUUUGGGAAUGAUCAAGAAGAUCAAAGCAACCGGUUGCAAUGUUCUGUUGAUUCAGAAGAGUAUUCUUAGGGAUGCAGUCACUGACCUGUCUCUGCAUUACUUGGCUAAAGCCAAGAUCUUGGUUGUGAAGGAUGUUGAGAGAGACGACAUCGAGUUCAUUACCAAGACAUUGAACUGCUUGCCAAUUGCUAAUAUCGAGCAUUUCAAAGAAGAGAAGAUGGGUUAUGCUGAUCUCGUGGAGGAGGUUUCAGUUGGGGAAGGCAAGAUUGUGAAGAUUACUGGGAUUAGAGAUAUGGGAAGGACUGCCACAGUUCUUUGUCGUGGGUCUAAUCAGUUGGUUCUUGAUGAAGCUGACCGGAGCUUGCAUGAUGCACUUUGUGUCAUUAGAUGCUUGGUCAACAAGCAAUUCUUGAUUGCAGGAGGUGGGGCUCCCGAGAUUGAGCUGUCCAGGCAGCUUGGUGCAUGGGCCAAAGUUCUGCACGGGAUGGAAGGUUACUGUGUGAGGUCAUUUGCAGAGGCACUCGAGGUCAUCCCUUAUACUCUGGCAGAGAAUGCAGGGCUGAAUCCGAUUACCAUUGUGACGGAGCUGAGAAAUAGGCAUGCUCAAGGAGAGAUCAAUGCUGGGAUCAAUGUGAGGAAAGGGCAAAUUACAAACAUCUUGGAGGAGAACGUUGUGCAGCCAUUGCUCGUGAGCACCAGCGCCAUAACUCUAGCAACAGAGUGUGUGAGAAUGAUUUUGAAGAUCGAUGACAUUGUAACGGUCAGGUAGAGGUAGUUUCUGAAUCGAACAGAAAGCGGGUUUGAAAUGUGUUUGUUUACUUGUUUUGUCUAUGGAUUUUAUGUCUUUGCUCUUGGUGAUGGAUGAUGGUUGAAGAUGUUGAUCCAUGAUGUACUUUUGAGUGGCGACUCAAAUUUUGGCUUGGAUUCAGACAUUCUAUGCUUUAUUAUGUGGGGACUUGUAAUGUAGUUUACCUUAGAUGCUCCUGUGAGUCUUGAACUACUUGCACACGCCUACUAGGAUAGUAGGACGGUGUUUUCAUCACUUCUUUCAGUAGUUUCGUAAUUGGCUUCAAAGUUCUUGCGUUCACUUGCUGAAAGCUUAUAUAAGCUGUAUUUCUGGAUUUCCUUAUCGGUGUGUCCGGGUAGUCGUACUUGAAAUGCAU